AUGGCCUACCACAAGCGCCCCACAUCGAGCUACCAGCCCUGCGAUACUUUCUUCGUCGAGUCCUACGACGAGUUCCCUGCCCCCCGUAUGGAUCCGAAAGAACACGCCAAGUUGAUGGCUCGCGAGCGUCAGUACGCCAUGGCGGAACAGCUGUCAAAGAUUACCAGCGAGGAAUUCCGUGAUGACGUUCUGGCGCACAUGCUGGACAUGGAUGCUGCCACCCUUCCGGACGUCGAGUCAAUCGAUAUCCAGACUGAGAUUCAGUGGUUCAUGCGUCCAUACCUGCUCGACUUCUUGAUUGAAGCCCACACAGCAUUCCAGCUCUUGCCAUCGACCCUCUUCCUCACCAUCAACCUUCUUGACCGUUACUGCUCCAAGCGUGUUGUUUACAAGAGACACUAUCAACUCGUUGGAUGUGCUGCCUUGCUCAUCGCAGCCAAGUAUGGCGACAAGAAGGACCGCGUGCCUACCAUCAAGGAACUCAAGUCCAUGUGCUGCUCGCUAUACGACGACGACAUGUUCAUCCAAAUGGAGUGGCAUGUGCUGCAAACACUGGGGUGGACCAUUGGACACCCGACUGUCGAUAGCUUCUUGCAGAUGGCCGUGAUGGAUUGCCCGUAUGAUGCCGAGGUCGAGCAUCUAGCAUUGUACAUCUCGGAGAUCUCGCUGUUCCAUCGGGAAUUCGUGUCCAAGCCAUCGUCGGAUCUCGCCCGGGCCUCUUUGGCUCUGGCGCGCUGCAUCCUCAACCGGACUCAGCCUCGUCACACAGAAUGGGCGUCCCAGUACGACUCGAUGACGCUCGUGGGUUUGUCGCAGCAGCUUCACCAACCCUCCCAGGUACUUUCCAGGAAGUAUUCCUCGGCUCACUACUCCCGUGUGUCCAAGGUGCUGGAACAAUUCCUUGCCCGUCAAGCUUCGAUCGCAAGCUACACGCCCCCCAGCCCGCAAACGGACGUUGUCCAACCCGAGCCCAAGCCAUACGAAGGCGAGAUUGGGCUUGCUACACCGCAGAAGGCGACCCAAUCAUCGGCCAUGGCGCACGGUUAUAUCACACCGCCAAUCACGCCGGAGAACGAGGCUUUUGCCAAUGGUGGUAAUCCCACCUUUGCCAAAGGCAUAGCAGGAGCUAGUGCUUGCUCGCCAUCGCCGACACCUCCGCCCAGUAUGCAGUACGUGAGCUCUCACACGUAUUCGCAGGACACCACGUACCAACAACAGUUCCUCCAGCCCAACAUGUCAUUCAGCACUGGUUACUGA